UGUACAAAGCUAAAGACGUGGUUAACCCUUACAGCCAUGUCAUUCCCAUCACCACUACAUCACAAGCCAAUAGCAGUACCUUCCUCGGAAAUAAGCCGGCGGUCACUGUCUGAAGCAGAAUUAAAGAGACGUCGUCUAAAUAGUCCAGCACGAGGAAUUCUCAAAUCUUUUCCCGCAAGCUCGCCAUUUAGAGAUUUCAAUCGUAAUAUACAUGCUAACGCAUUCACUUCGCCAAUUCACGCACCAGAAGAUGACUUCGACGCUACGACAGAGUCAGGAAGAGAAAGGAAAUUGGGCAGUCGGCGAGUUAGUUUUGCGCCAUCAGCUCACGUUCGCUUAUUUCAGGAAGCAGAUAAGCAAGCAUCGAGCAGAGGAGAAGAACGAAAAUCGUCUGAUCUUCAGUCCAAAUUGAUGAAAGCGGCAAUGGAAGAGAGUCACUCUGAAAGUGCUGGCUCAUCAGUGACAUCGUGGGAUGUUGAUCUAAGCCGUGCAGGGUCUACUGAAUUUGCUAGAGAUUCUCUUUCGAAAUCACCGGCGCAUGACAGAAGCUCGGUGCAAUUAGGAAACGCUCGUUUUGAUGACUUAGCUGAAGGCAAUGACGACGAGACAAUGGAGAUCACCGGAAAAAUGGCAUCUCCUGCGGCAUAUCGACAGAAAGAAUUCCAGGUUUCACCAGCAUCCUCUCGUCAAUCCUGGAAUCCCAAGGCCAAUGCUGCAAUCGAACAAUAUGAAGAUGAUGGCAUGGAGACCAUGGAACUCACACAAACCGUCCGAUCAAGCGGCAUUCACACAUCACAUUCACAUAAUAAUCCCAGCUUUUCACCAUUUCGCAAUACCCCCACCAAAAAUCGCUUUAGCCCGGGGAACAGCUGGCCAGCUUCCCAUUCAACCCCUCAAAAACCAUUUUCCACCGCUGCUGGCGCCUUUAAUAACACCUCCAGUCCAUCGCCUUGGGGAACCAGCAAAAGACAAAGUCCUAGUGUUUCGACGAGUAGAUACCAUAAUGACGCAAGCAUCGAUGACAGUCUUGGAUCCGACUUUGGUGACCGAAUGGACUCAUUUCACAAACGUGGGACCACUGGCAAUAUUCUGGAUGAAGAGAUCCCUGCUUUUGACGAUUCCUUCACUGCAAGUGAAAUACCUGUUAUGGAAAACAUGUCAUUGGAUGAAUUUCUAUCCUACGCUGGAAUCUCUUUCAUGGAUAACAUUACGGCUAAUACAAGUGUUCCAAACUUAACAAGUUUCGAUAAAGAAAACGAUCCACCGCCGACCCUCGCCGACUAUAUUAUAACUCAUUCAAGCACCAUACCCGAAUUAGAGCUGUAUCAAUACUGUUGCAAGGAAUUGACCACGUUGAUGGAAGAAGGAAAGACUUCGAUCAAAGAAACAGAAGAGCAGAUUCAGACGGCGACUCCAGAAUUCAUUUCAGACUAUCUCACCGACGACAUGGACAUGCGGGAGCUAUUAGAUAUUCGAUUUAAAUUAAUCAAGCAGCAUGCUAGAUUAUCCGGCAAACAAGAGUGGUACAUUUGGCGACAAAAUUUGGUAGGCGAAAUCAAUCAAGUAUUGAGGCGAAAUUUGGCAAAACUUCAGGAAGAGCAAGAAAAAGUUGAUCAUAGACUUAUGAAAGUCAACAAACGAUUACCGAGCUUAACAUCGUUUUUAAUUGAUAUGCGACAAACUUAUAUAAAGGCUACAGAAAGGGCUGCAGCGCUACACACCGUGGAUGAGGAGCAGCUUGCAGAACUGGAGACUGAAAUUGAAGAGCAGAAGACGUCCUUGGACACCUUCAAAAAGGAUGCAGAAGCACUUAAGGAUGAAGAAGCAGCCUUGAAUAAGCAACUAGAGGGUUUGUUAAGGCGAAAGCAGCAAUUAACGAGCGAAAUUGAUCAUGCCAACAAAACCUGUAACGAGUAUAAAUGCCUUACUAUGGAUGAUCUGCGAUCUGCAAAAAAGCACUACAAGGAAUGUGUCGAUAUUUGCCGAUGGGAGCCUAUCAAAGUUUGUCCAGAUUUACUGGCAUUUGUUUAUGACCAAGAUCUAGAAAUAAGGAUUGAUCCACAUAAACUGAAAGCAAGGAAGCCUGAUGCCACAAUGGUACGGCUGGGAUCAGGCGAGCACAGCAUAAUCACUGAGAGGAUGCUUCCUGGUUUGCGGGAUAUAACCCAGAACAAUUGGGAUUCGUCAGUGAUCAUUCAGAACGCUGCCUUAUACUGGCGCCAAGUCAAAAUCAUCAAGUCUGAGCUCGAAAAUGCUCAGUCCGGUUAUUCUGUCCAUAUUGACGGCUUGCAGGAUACAGCUGGAGUGGAGUGCCUGGUCACCAUGUUCAAUUUUACUGCCAAAUUUAAAUAUACCGUCAAAUUUCCCGUUCGACCUGAGGAAGUGAUCGACUUUCCGCAAGUCAACGCAAACGACUGGACAGUAACAAGAAUCUACGGGGAUAUUAGGUAAAGUUCAUUGUUUCAUCGCGCUUCUAUAAAUGUCAUUCACACAGGUAUCUAACGAAAACGGGGAAAAUAUGACGUUACAGCCAAGACGA